AUGCCACGAUCCGAUGGUGAGAAUAAGUAUCCUUGUGCAUGUUCCAGUGUUAAUGUUGUUUCUAGGCUGUCAUCCACCUUAUCAAUACACCAAUUCAGAGCACUUAGCUCUGUCCAAUGCGAUGCGAAUGCUCUGCUGCAGAACUGCCCGACUCUCCUCGAAGAAAAGGCCACAGCCGAAACGAUCGCAGGAGACGACUAUCGGGGGCAUUACCUGGCCAAAUAUCCUAACCCGACACACAUCAUAUUCUAUGUGUAUGGAGGCGGUUUUGUUAGCGGCUCAGCAGGAUCUGUGAUGCCCUAUUUGCUGCAGUUGAGCGUUGAACUUCAAGCCCGGGGUCUCAAAGCUGACAUGUUUGUUGCGGAGUACGACCUCGCUCCAGAGCAUCCAUACCCGGGUGCAUUGAGACAAGUAGUCUCAGCGUAUCAAUACAUCGCCCGUCGGAAUUUACCCAUAAUCCUGGUUGGUGACUCGGCUGGGGGCAAUCUCUGUCUCGGGCUACUUCGACACUUGGUCAAGCCCCACCCGAGUAUUCCACCACUGACGCAGAAUCAAGGGGAAACCGGACAUGCCGUGGCAGCUUGCCUGAACAGUCCGUGGGUCAAUCUGCGAAACAAUGGGGAUUCAUAUCGGCAGAACGCGAACCAGGAUUGUCUCGACAAGGGCGCUCUUGACCGUUGGCGCAAGGCAUAUCUAGAUGGGAAGCCCUUGGAUGAGUAUGUGAACCCCAUCGACUGCUUAGAUGGCUGGAAGGAGAUUCUGCCCAAGGAUACUCUCUUGGUAGCCGGCGAACUGGAGCUCUUCCUCGCCGACAUACAAAAGCUGGCUCGGAACCAGAGCGGUUAUAGUAACAUUGAAAUGCACGUGGAGCCUAAGAAGGGGCAUGUCUCGAGUAUGGUUGACUUUGGAGUUACACAGCCGGGCCUGCCAGUGGCUCGUGUUGGACAAGAGGAAGAUCACACGCAUUCUGGCAUCCACUUACAGGCUGACUGGAUUGUUGACAAAUGUAGAGUCUGAGAGGGGAGGGUGGUUCUAUGUCUUUUUUGUAUAUGUAUUGGAAUCAGCUGUGUUUGAAAGGAUCUGAUAAAUCCUCGAAACGAAACAAGUAUUGGCC